AUGCGCGUAGACUUUGGCGGUGUGGCACAACAGAAGAGUUGCACACCAGUAGAUGCAGAGGCACCGACGAAGAAGCCGUGCCGCGAGUCUGAAGGUGACAAGGGCGAGCCAGGAGAAGGUAUUGGCGUUGAAGAGGAAGGCGGUGGCGUAGGAGGAGGAGGUGCGGAAAAGGUUGGUUCACCAUCGUCGGAUGUUCCAGCUGGUGAAGGUGGAGCGAAAGUUGCUUCAUUGAAUGGCAGUCGGUCGGAAGCUGUCGGUAAGUUGUCUGUGUGUGUGUGUGUGCGGAUGGUGGAGAGUUGA